CAGGAAGACUCGAAACGAAAGCCACCGUUAUACCCCACGCCAUAUUGUGCAAGAUACAAGAGGCCCCAGGUGCAUUCAGACGACACAGAAAAGGAGUACGUGUAUGCGGUUGUUGACAAAACCAGGGCCAAGAAAACUAACGAUGAGGUAAUUGCAGAGAUAUUUAUGUUUCGUAGUCAUGUGCAAUUGUAUUUCCAUGGAAUUUGACCUCGGGAAAAUUUACCAAGAGGUAUCCAAUCUAUCUAUUCACAGAUAUCUUGGAAUAAUUAUUCAUGUGGCUAGAAAGACUUUGUACACUCGGGGACAUUCUCCAAUAAUAAAUUACCACACAUGUAGAGCAGUAUUCGUCAAAUAAACUACUAUGGAGAGAGACUGCUAGUCAAGAAUGACUUUAUCUAACCAACGCAGUUUUAAACACCAACUGUUAUUGUGUUACUGCCAGUAAAAAUUCUCAAAAGUUCUAAACUUCCGUUUUGUAUAAUACUGAAUUACAAGAAGUGCCGUGUGAAAGCACUGCCAACAAGGUUUUAUAUGAAUGGUACCCUGUGAGCAGGCUCUCUGUUUGGGGGAAAAAAUAGCAAGGGAAGGGAAGGGACAAACCUAAACGUGCACUAUCGAAGAUGAACUUAACAUGGAUGGAUCGAUGGAGGUAAGCAUGUUUUAGCCAUGUUUUUAAACAAGGAAUUCUUUUGAAUGAAUAAUAAAACAAUUAUUGAAUUCGGCUUUCGUAUCAGAUAAGGAAUUAUGGAGAUCUGGAAGGGUGUUAUCCGUCGAGGCCGUAACACCCUCCUCGAUCUCCAUAAUUCUUAAUAAGAUACUCAGCCUCAUUCAUUAAUUGUUAAUUUAUUACCAAGUGAAGUGCUCACCUCACGGCGGCAACAAAUUAUUUUUUUCGUCUUUCUUAAAAUCAGUGGAGUAUUUAAAAUCCAUAGCACGUGUAGACGGCCUUAAUGCGCUAGUGUUCUUUAAUUCGUUUUCAAACCGAAGACUGCGGUGCAUAACUAUUCAGAUGAAAACGAAAUGAAAAUUUAUUUUCAUGUGAAAACUUCAGUAUACCGUAUUUAUUCGAUUGAAACCGCCCUCGAUCAAACGUCGCAGAUGCAUGGAAACAAAAUUACCAAUAAACGUCUCCCUUGAAUAAACGCUCUAUUGGGCGUAAUCAACUGAUAAAUGAAAGUCAAUUUUACAAGGUAAAAAGAUUGAAAACCUAAACUUUCGUGCGCUAGGUUAUCCUACAACCUGUCUGGCAAUAGAGAGGAGAAGUGUGACGUCACGUUACCACGGUGUACUAUUUCUGGAUGACAACAAAACCAACGACGACGAAGACGGCAAGGACAACGGCAAAAAAUAAUAUCUUUAUAUCAAGAAACAACAACUUUCCACGUGAAUCACGCUAUUUUGUACAUAUCCUUGCCGUCGUUGCACCACUACGACAUGAAACGUCCUAAUUUCGUGAGCCCGCUUUAUGGAGUAGGUAAACACAACCACAAAAAUUGUCGCUUUCUUUUUCUAAACAUAGAUAACGACAGAUACGGUCCCAAAGAAACUUCCGCCAACAUUUGCCAAAUUAAAUGAAAUUAAACAAGAUCGGUGAAGUUUGAAAUAGCGCGAAUAGACUUUAAAGUGACUUUAUCGGUUUGUUGUCAUUCAAAAAUUUUGCUACCAUGACAACGUGACGUAACGACUUCUCCUCUCUAUUUGUGCGAAUUAGCGAGAAAGUUGCAUGAAACGUUCCCGAGGGUAAUAACUCCACCCAUGUAAAGGAAUACAGGAACAUUUUGCCUGUGGAAUCCGUAAUCCUGGGCUAACAAAGAAUGAAAUCUGGAAUCCACGUCGUAGAAUCCAGAAUCCAAGAAUGCCUUGAAUUCCCUCACAUGGGGUGAAAAAAAAACCGAAAUGAAGCAUUUGUCUUACAUUAGAGUUGCGAGAAGUACAACUUGGUUCGACGUUGUGCGCCGAACAAAGACAGCCAACGAAAACGUUGCGACACAUGGCGAUUUCAGGGGAUGUUACUAGGAAAUUGUGUUGUAACGAAAUUGCGAGACAAGUUGAGAGAGCAAUAGCCCUCUGUAGCGGGAACCUAAUUAACCUGUUUUCUUUCCAUCACAGACUUGUGGUCUCGUGUAUACAGAACUUGAGUUGAAGCCUACACAAGAUGAAGACGAAACUGAAGUAACAGCCAAGGGGUGUGUCACCAUUUACUCUAGUAUAAAGGAGCAACAGUAAAGAUGGCACUAAGUGACAUCCUCUGAAGACAGGAGAUCCCAUUAGAAAUUGCACGCUCAGUAAUAAUUAAUUUGAAAUAUUAUUUGCUGAUAUUCGCCUACAAAAAGUAACCAUGUUUAUAGUUUCCUACAGCUGUAGGUCAAUAGACCUCACUAGCUUGUAUGUUUUGUUUUCUCAAUACAAGUCACGUGAUAAUACUCUA